CGCCUGGCGCCUGGGGGGCGGGGCGGGGCGCGCGGGGUGACGUCACAGCCCGACGCGCAACCCAACUGUUUUUGUGCUCCCAGCUCCAGCGAAAAGCCGCCGGUGUUUCUCCACCUGGCUCUCCUCUAUCUCCAGGCAGGCUCACCCGAGAUCUCCCCACACCGAACCCCCUCUGCACGCUCGGCCCAGCGCUGUUGCCCCGGGAGCGGACGUUUCUGUAGCUAUUUGAACACACCUUGACGUCGGCGGAGGGAGCUGGACAGGGCCAGCGGCGAAGGAGGCAGGCCCCGCGCGGGGAAUCUCGGAAGCCCUGCGGUGCAUCAUGAAGUUCCAGUACAAGGAGGACCAUCCCUUUGAGUAUCGGAAAAAGGAAGGAGAAAAGAUCCGGAAGAAAUAUCCGGACAGGGUCCCCGUGAUUGUAGAGAAGGCUCCAAAAGCCAGGGUGCCUGAUCUGGACAAGAGGAAGUACCUAGUGCCCUCUGACCUUACCGUUGGCCAGUUCUACUUCUUAAUCCGGAAGAGAAUCCACCUGAGACCUGAGGACGCCUUAUUCUUCUUUGUCAACAACACUAUCCCUCCCACCAGUGCUACCAUGGGCCAACUGUAUGAGGACAAUCAUGAGGAAGACUAUUUUCUGUAUGUGGCCUACAGUGAUGAGAGUGUCUAUGGGAAAUGAGUGGUUGGAAGCCCAGCAGAUGGGAGCACCUGGACUUGGGGGUAGGGGAGGGGUGUGCGUGCGACUUGGGGAAAGAGGGUGACUCCCACCGCGAGGAGACGGAAGGUGAAGACAUCUAGAAACAUUACACCGCACACACCGUCAUCAUAUUUUCACAUGCUCAAUUGAUAUUUUUUGCUGCUUCCUCGGCCCAGAGAGAAAGCAUGUCAGGACAGAGCUGUUGGGUUGGCUUUGGUAGAGGAAUACGGAUGAUGUAAUUUCACAGCAUUCCUGAGAUGUAAUUUUUGUGCAGUUUCAUAGAAGGGUCCGGAGGUGGACAAGUUGGGGCCAGAGACGAUGGUAGUCCAGCAGCAAGUCCCUGUGCUCCCUUCUCUUUGGGCAGCGAUUCUAUUUUUGACAUUUGCACAGGACAGGUAGGGAAAGGGGACUUGUGGUAGUGGACCAUACCUGGGGACCAAAAGAGACCCACUGUAAUUGAUGCAUUGUGGCCCCUGUUCUUUCCUGUCUCACGCUUCUUUUCUCCCAUCCCAGUUGCAGUCUCACUCAGACAUCGCAGUACCGCCCCAGGGGUGGUAGUAGACCACAACCCAGAAAUUUAGACAGCGAUCUCUUACCUUUGGAAAAUAGGGGUUGGACAUAAAGGUGGUUAUGAUUAAGAAGAUCAUUUUGUUAUUAAAUAGCAUUAAACUGGAAUUGACAAGACUAUUGAGCAUCUCUGUCUAACCUGUUCUUUCUCUCUGGUGCCCCUUAUCUCACCCCUACCUUGGAAUUUAAGUCUCAGGCAUUUCCAGUUAUAGACUAAAACCACUCUUAGCAUCUCCUCUAGUAUUUUCCAUGUAUCAGGACAGAGAUGUCUUAUGUAGGGAGGGAGCGAGUGUGAAGUAAGGUAAUUACAUACACCUCUCAUUCAGGAUUCUUGCUCCCAUGCUGCUGUCCCUUCAGGCUCACACGCACAGGAAUGCUAUGUGAUGGCCAGCUGCUUCCCUCCUUGGUUAUCAUCCACUGCAGCUGCUAGUUAGAAAGGUUUGGAGGGAUGACUUUAGUAAAACAUGGGGAUUUUAUUGAUUUAUUUUCACUUCUGGGGUUUUGUGGGGUGGGAGUGGGAAGCAGGAAUUGCACUCAGACAUGACAUUUCAAUUCAUCUCUGCUAAUGAAAAGGGUCCUUCCUCUUGGGGGAAAUCUUUGUGUCAGUUCUGUCAGCUGCAAGUUCUUGUAUAAUGAAGUCAAUGCCAUCAGGCCAAGGAAAUAAAAUAAUUGCUUACCUUAAAAAUCCA